GUGAUGCGACAAUACUACCCUGAGUCAUUACGUUGCGUACUAGUGGUCAAUUUGCCUAUGCUUUUGGGCGCAUUCAUACCGAUCGUACGGCUAUUAUUGGGGGCCAAAUACUCGCAUAUGUUGCACACUGUGUCCGGUCGACAGCUGUUUGACUAUAUUGACCCGGAUAAUGUACCACGAUACCUGGGCGGUAAUAAUUCCACGGAUUUCACGGAACCUCCCGUUGAGUGCAAAUACCGGACCGAAGAGUUGGCCCACGAGUACGGUCUGGACCCACAUGUGGUCCGGAAAGCCGUACAAAAGUUUGAGCCCCAUAUGAUCGACGCUAAAAGACUGUUUAAACAACGUGUUAGGUGA